AGAACUUAUCAGUCACAUCAGCAGUUUCCGCAGAGUAGCACAUCUCCCCGAAAAAAAACCCCAAACCUUCAACAUGAAAUUCGCCGUUGCAUUCGCCGCCAUCCUGGCCCUGGCCCUGGCCGCCCCCGUCGACGAGAAGGACGCUCAGGUGCUGAAGUACGACAACGAUGUGGCCGCCGACGGAUACAGCUUCCAGUACGACACCAGCAACGGAAUCAAGGCCCAGGAGAAGGCUGAGCUGAAGAGCUUCGGAGAUGAUGUGUCGGCCCUGGUUGUCCGCGGAAGCUUCUCCUACACCGCUGCUGACGGUCAGGUCUACACCGUGAACUAUGUCGCCGACGAGAACGGAUUCCAGCCGGAAGCCGCCCAUCUGCCCCAGGCUUAAGUUUCACUGUACGCACUUGUACAUGAAAACAAAAAUGCACAAACACAAACAAAAAACAAAAGUCAUCCUGUAAUUUAGUGUAGAUAGUUCGCCACAGAAAUGUACAAACUUGUUUCGAAAACCAUCUCAAUAAACAGUGUCCAUAUUUCCAA